GGGCGGGCUUCGGGCGGAUACCCGCUUUUGGGCCCCGGCCUGCCAAGCCAUUCAUCCCAACCUUCCACGUUUUUUCUCCCAUUCGCUACCCAAUUUUAAUUUCCUUCUCCUACAAAACCCGAACCAACGGGUACCCAUCAGACCCAACCCGGUCAACGCGGGUAAAAUUCGUGUUGACGGGUUUUGGGCCGGGUUCGGGUUUAAACCCACUACACUAUUCACCAAGUUGAGUUGGGUUUGGGUUUGGUAAACCCGCCCAUGAGUACCCGCCCAAACACAUAUAAUUACUUUCCGGUAUAUUAAAUAUUCUAAAUAAUAUAUCUUCCUUAAACAACUAAUAUUCUUUAUGUUUGUAGAGACAUGAAUAAUUUGUUCUUUCUAAUUGUUUAGAAUGAAGUUGAUAUUAUGGAGUGGAGAGUGAAGAAAAAUAGUUGAUGAGGAAUAAACUUUCAAUUAAUCUUGUGGUUUAUAGAUGUUUAUCUUUAAUUUUGAACAAUUUGUAUUGAUCAUUUGCGGUUUUCUUGUAUGCUCUAGAUUAGUGUUUUUUGUAUGAAUAAUUUUGGAUGAGAAAAUUGAUGUUAAACUUUUAUUUUGAAAAAAACUUGUUAUUGUAAAUUUUUUACCACAAAAACCCACGAGUACCCAUUAACCCGCGGGUACCCAGCGGGUUGGGUUGGGUUUGAAUUUUUCAAAUCCAACGGGUUUUACCCCGAAUUUUUUUGUCAGAUAAACCUAUGGGUUUGGGUUUGACAAAACCCGCCCCAACCCGACCCAGUGCCAUCCCGGAGUAGUAGUCGUUCGUCAGUUAGUUGUUCAAACACAGUAGCCAAAACGCAUUUUUACCUCCCACUCUCGUUUUUUUCACACUCUUCUCGCACUCGCCGCCCCUAUCACCCAGACGAUGUCCUUCCCCGCGUGUAUCCAUCUUACGGUGGGUGCGAUUUCAAACGCCGCCUGAGCGCGUGGGAGUAGGGAGCAGAGUGAGGAGGGCAUGCUGACCCGGGAAAAGCAAGGAAAUCAGUGGGGGAGAAGAAACGGAAUAGGGGAAAGAAGAAGAAAAAACAAAACGAGAUAAAAAGGAAAAGAAAAAAAGCUGAUUUUCCGGUCAGAAAGCGAAGAACGAGAAAGAAAAAGAAAGUGCCAGAUUAUAAUUAUUAUUCUUAACAAUUUAUUAUUAAUUAAUUAAUAAUAGAGCAGCGGGAUGAGAUGAGAAGUGAGAGAGAGGGAGAGAGAAGGCUUUGUUUCGUUUUGUUUUGUAUUGAAGAAGACAAAAUCAACGUUUCUUAACGUCUUUUUCUGAGUGGGCAGAGUACAAGGCCACCGAGGAGGAAGAAGAAGAAGAAGAAGAAGGAAGGAAAGGAAGGAAGACGAAGAAACCCAGACGACGAAAUUGCCUAGGCAGGUUUCUGUUCUGUCAGAUAAUUGCCGCGAAUUAUCCCUUUCUAUCUUGUUUUCAAUAAUUAAUUAUUAUUAUUGUUUUAUUUAUUUUCUUUUCUUUUGCUGUUCUCCUCCUCCUUCUCAAAUUCUACCCGCUAAAUUGGAAUUGGAAUAGGGAGUGGAUUGAUUGGAAUUGGGAAUGGAAUUCGGCUGGAGAGGGACUUUCGUGUCGGGUUCCGCUUUUGCACCUCCACCACCGCCUUCGUAAUUCUCGCCCAACCAACUCACCACUUUCUCUUCUGCCUUCCCCUCUUCUCUUGUUUAUUCGGUAAAGGGAUACGCUCGCUCGGUGAAAGCUGAAGAAAACAAAAGCGAGGGAGAAUUCACAGGAAAGAGAGACUCAACGAUGGCUAUGGCGUCUUCGUCUUCCGCGACGGUGGCGGUGGACAAGGCCACCAGCGACCUUCUCAUCACACCUGAUUGGACCAUGAAUAUUGAUAUCUGCGACUCUAUCAACACCAACCAUUGGCAGGCGAAAGAUGUAGUGAAAGCUGUGAAGAAACGGUUGCAGCACAGGAACCCUAGAGUGCAGCUCCUUGCUUUAACGCUCUUGGAAACUAUGGUGAAGAACUGUGGUGAUUUCGUCCACUUCCAAAUUGCGGAGAAAAAUAUAUUGGGUGAGAUGGUGAAGGUCGUCAAGAAAAAGACAGACCUUCAUGUGAGAGAUAAAGUCCUGGUUCUGCUGGACUCUUGGCAAGAGGCAUUUGGUGGGCCCGGAGGAAAAUAUCCUCAAUACUAUUGGGCUUAUGAGGAGCUGCGGCGUUCUGGAGUACAGUUUCCCCCACGUUCUUUAGAUGCUGCUCCAAUAUUUACACCACCGCUCACCCACUCGACAUUGAGGCCUGCUCAACCUGGAUUUGGAAUGCCUGGAGGUUCUUCCAGAAGACUUGAUGAAACCAUGGCUACAGAGAUUGAAGCAUUAAGUUUGUCGAGCUUGGAGUCCAUGCGCGAAGUUAUGGACCUCUUGGGUGAUAUGUUGCAAGCUGUUAGCACUGAUGAUCGCGAGGCUGUUAAGGAUGAGGUUAUAGUUGACCUUGUCGAACACUGCCGAUCCAACCAGAAAAAGUUGAUGCAGAUGCUGACUACGACUGGGGAUGAAGAAGUUCUUGUUCGGGGUCUUGAGCUAAACGACAGCCUUCAGAUCUUGCUUGCAAAACAUGAUGCUAUAGCUUCAGGUUUGCCAAUGCCUUCUACACCAGUUCCAGAUUUCAGCUCCAAGCAAACAGAAGGAACUUCGUCCAACACAAAACCCACUGAGGUAAAGAACUCUACUCCAGCGCCCAGCACAGAACCAAUCUCACAAGAGUCUAAUGUGUCAAAACCCCAAGUGGAUGAAGAUGAUGAAGAAGAAGAGGAUGACUUUGCUCAACUAGCUCGCAGGCAUUCCAAAAGUCGGCCUUUCCAUGCCGACACCAGCAAUGGAUCAUGCGGAGCACUCGUACCAAUAGAGACAAAUCAAACUUCAUCUGGAGCUGCAUCUUCGCUUCCUGCCCAGACAUCCACUGCUCUGGCUAUUGUAGAUCCAGUUAAGAAUACACAAGAGCAGGAUAUCAUUGACCUGUUAAGUAUCACCUUGUCAACAAACUUUUCGUCCCCACAACCGGUCCCUUCUCAGACUCCAAUCCCAAACCAAAGCAUGCCUCAGACUCCAGUUUCCUCCUCGGGCACACAACAAACUUAUCCUGGAAUUCCAGGGGCCACAUCAUAUGAUAGUUAUGUUGUACCAUGGGCCCAGUCUCAACCUCAACUUUACUCGCAACAGCCCCAGCCCCAGAACCAGAACCAGAACCAGAACCUUUCUCAACCUCAACAUUACUCACAACAUCCACAUGGUCCUUCGCCAUCUCAGUCUCAGCCACAACCACAACCACAACCUCUUUACCAUCAGCAGCAGCAGCAACAGCAACAGUUUCAUCCACAACAACAUUCUCAGUACCCUCCUCAAUACUCAUCUGGAUAUCCACCUCCUCCAUGGGCGGCAACCCCAGGUUAUGCCAAUGGUAGUAAUAGCCAAAAUUACAUGCCUGCUAAUAAUAAUACCUUUGCAAUGCAACACGGCAACACAGCGUUUCCACCUCGAACAUCAGCUACACAGAUGCAGAAUCCCAACCUAGCUGGAAGUAACGGCACAUCUAUGAAUGGGGAGACGGGGGCAAGGAUCCCCGCAGCGCAGCCUAUUGCACAGAAGCCAUUUGUCCCGUCAUAUAGGUUGUUUGAAGACCUGAAUGUUCUGGGAAACGGUGAAGGGAAGUUCAAGGUUAGUGGCAGUUCAGCUCCCAGCUUGUCUAGUUCAUCUGGGCAGAGUAUGGUGGGUGGUAGGAAGUAAAUAAUCGGAACGCGUGUCAUUCGGUUAUGUCGGUUGAAGUUGUGAGCGCAGAGCUAUAUGUGCAUACCAUAGACACUAUUGCUCUGCAGUUUACCAUUGUGUUUAGAUUCUCUCGAUUGUCGAAUGAAAAUCUGUGUAGCUUUUGCUUGCGGGUGGUUAGAUAUUAUGCAACCCUGAUUCUUACAUGACACAUCAGCCCCCUUAAGCUUCAUUGCAGCGUCAGUUUAUUCACUGAGAAAGUGCGACGAGAAUCCAUGCAACGACGCAGAUGGAUGCAAAGAUAAAUUAAAGGGAAUCAAAUAAUUGUGCGGCACAGCAGUCACGUCAAACAGACUGAUAGUACGAUUCAGGAUCCAAUCCUCGAGCCUUAAGCAUACGAAGUUAUACACCAGACCCUCCUGACGUCGGAGAAUUGCAGACAGAAGUAUUAUAGCGCACCAAACGUGAGGACGCGAACUUGCAUUCAGUCCAAGUCCAGACCUUGCUCAUUAGGAUUCGCCAAGCAAGCAGUGGUAGGACAAGACAACCAAACUGUAAAACACAUUGCUUGAACUAGAUAUCCAUGCACAAGAAAAGAUGGCGAAGGCAUUUAUUUACACAGGCAUCCUUCAUCAGUACAAGAAAAGAGAAGUACACUGAUUCGGUUGCAAAGAUAAACAGAUCCUGCAACACGCCCACAGUCCACAAGUCUGUACACUACACGAACAGGCGAGAAAAGUGGGCAUCCCCAGGAUUUCAAUGGCAAAGACAACAAACCAUAUCUUUCUGC